AUGAAUCAAAGUGGAGCUACUGCGCAAUCAAAGGAAUUUCAAUCCAGAGAAAGAGCCGCUGAAAAUCAAUAUGCACGUAAAAAGGAAGCCGAGCAACUACAGAAGUUGAAGGAACAGUUGGAUGCUACGGCAAAAAAAGAUAGUAACGAGCCUACUGCUUCGCAGAGUAAAUAG